AAGCUGAACUGGAGGGGCAUUUUUGGCACUAUCUUCAUGGUUAUUGUCAUAAAUCUGUUAUAUUCUUUGACAAAUAAGAGUUUCUGAAUCCUAACUUCCGGUAAAAUUCCUUCAGUCUUGUUAACAUCUGCUAGAUCAUAGUUGAGAUAUUAUAAACAACGUAAGUGGUUUGUGGUUAUUGUGUUGUAUCAGACAAUAGCAGGGGGUGGGAUUUUUGGGUGAAUUGUUGGCAUUGUUUGUCGCAGACAAGGUGAGGUGUGUUAUUACAGUAGCUGGACUAACAAAAGCGAAAUGAGUUCAACAAAGGAAAAAGCCUGCUGUGUGUACCAUGAAGCAUUUAAAGUUACUGCUCCAGACGUGCUGAGCUGACGCUGAUGGUGGUCUUUUCUUGUCUUUUGUUUUCUUCACAGGGUCAACUUUUUCUAAAUUCUGAACCUUGACUGUAGUCACAUUCUGCAACAAUGCCACAUCGGUCCCAAAGUUCAUCCAUUGGGGAUAAUCCUCUGGACCCAAACUAUCUGCCCCCGCACUACAGGGAGGACUAUCGUCUAGCCAUUGAUGCUCUGAUAGAAAAAGACGUUCAGGGCUACUAUGAAUUCCUCAAUGCAGCUGAAGUGGUGGGUUUCCUGGCUCAGCCAGAAAUCGAGUACAUCAGAUCCACCCUCCAGGUGCCCGCCCAGACCUCAGGUGUUCCAGAGUUGAUGUAUCGCGAGACGUGUCAGGAUGAAGGCUCUUCAGACACUUACUGGCCCAUGCAGUCUGACCUGGCAGCGCCGGGGCUGGACCUAGGCUGGCCGAUACCUCAGCAGAGUUUCGUUGGACCCACAGAGGUCACGACUCUGGUCAACCCAUCGGAUCCUGACAUGCCGAGCAUCAAGGAGCAAGUCCGGAGGCUGAUCAAGAAUGCGCGCCAGGUUAUUGGCGUGGUGAUGGACAUUUUUACAGAUGUUGACAUUUUUGCUGACCUUCUGGAGGCCGCGAGCCGACAUGUUCCCGUUUACAUCUUGCUGGAUCAACAGGAAGCUCAUCACUUUGUAUCCAUGGUCAUCAACUGCAAAGUCAACUUGGAUGUAAUUCAUAUGAUGCGGGUCAGGACUGUGCCGGGAAUAACCUAUUACUCCCGUACUGGAAAAUCCUUUAAAGGACAGGUGAAAGACCGCUUCAUUUUGGCUGACUGCAGGGCUGUAUUAAGCGGAAACUACAGCUUCAUGUGGUCCUAUGAAAAGAUCCACCGCUCCAUCGCCCACCUCUUCCUCGGGGAGCUUGUCUCAACGUUCGAUGAGGAAUUUCGAAUUCUUUUUGCCCAAUCAGAGCCUCUGAUCAUCGACCCAUCCGCUGCAGGUCUCGCUCUCCCUGAAUCAAGCAGUUUCCUAACCCCCCAGAUCGGUUUGAAAAGGACACAAUCUUUGCGUAACCCGGUUGGUUAUCGGAGGCAGCCUGAGCUUCCCUUAGCCUUCCCCUACGGCGAGUCGGAACGCAAUCCUGCAGGCUCCUUCUUUAGGAAUGACCCCUUUCGUCAAACUUACGAUCCUGGUGCAGGAAUUACAGUUGGGAAAUAUUCCCAACAGCAGUUUCGAAUGCAACAGACUUUCCUGGAGCAGGGAAGGUCUAUUGUUUCCAGGCAAAUGGAGACGAAUGCAAGCUCCUGGAAGAGGCACAGCUACGCUGAAGGAACACAGGAAAACUACUCAUCUUCAAGGCAAUACAUGAAGACCAGGGUCAUGAAUAAUCUGGACGAAACAGAUUUUCACAGGGAGCAGAUUCAAAGUGGUCAGUUCUACACUGAAGGACCUGGACCUGGAUCUGGUCACGGACACUACAACAGACUUCAAGGCUAUCCUUCACACCUCCCCAUCGACCAGCGCUCAAACUCAAGCUUUCGUUCAGAUCAAGAGCCUCCACCUGGAAACUAUGGUGACUACUUCUCAUCUGAAGAUCUACGAGGACCCGAGAACAGCUUCGCUCCUCCAUUAGCUGGGAGAUACGGCGGAGGCUCCUCCCAUAAGAGGCCAACCAUGGGUCAGGCAUAUGCUUGCCUGAGCUCACCCACCAAUCCCCACCCACCAGUAAAGAAACCGUUUCACAAACAGUCUGAUCAAGAGCAUGACCAAGAUGAAAGUGCUAAGCAUGGCCUCAGGGACUGGAGAAUCAACUCUUAUUUAAGCACCUAUGAAGAUGGUGGAGAAGAAGGCUUGAUGCAACCAAUGGGCUCUGAUGCGUUUGAUGAGCCCCCACCUUCUCAGCAACCAACUGUGACUGAAAGUUCAGUUCCACACCUCGGAAUAAAGGAACCACCACAAGUUCCUACCAAACCCAGACUGGGCAUCACAGUUCCACGCUUUGGCAAGCCACAAUUACCCGAGAGUAAGAAAGAUCCUGCCCCCCUGUCAGCCAAAGACCUGCUUCCCUCACGCAGCACCGUAAAACCCCCUAUGUUUGAAAGAACAAACUGGGAGGGACGGAGGGAAAAGGAACCGGAGAGGGGGGGACAAACAGUGACAGAUGAAGAUAUGGAGGUAAAAGAGACUGCAGACACCUUUCUUUCAAGACAUGACUCAUUCCGUUCCCGAGUCAACCCACUUCUCCAGCGCAGCUCUCGUCUGCGCUCCUCGCUUAUAUUCGCAUCUUCAAAGGGAGAGAUUCACAGCAGCAGCCUGGGUCUAAAGCCAGCGUCAGAACAGGAUGAGGAGCUGGAUUCAUUGCGCACUUCCUCCAUUGUGGCUCAAAUCCUAGAGAAGAGGAGGUCUCUGUCUCGUGAGCCUUAUGACUGGCGAAAGAAGGCUGAAGAGAGAGAAAAAGAGAAAGAAAGGGAGAAAGAGGAGAAAAUCAAAGAAAAACAGCUAGAAGAAAGUAAGAUGCAAACAAAAGAGGAGACCAAAGCAAAAGAAGAACCUCAGAAAACGAGCAAAGAAACAACACAGACUGUUGAGAAACCUAAAGUGACAAGUGACCCCACUAUUCAACAACAGUAUUCUAAAGAUUUUUCUGAGAAGAGAGAAGCUACAAAAAAGGAGACGGACCAGCUGCCAAAAGCCCCUGAGCCUCCUGAAAAAAAGCCAGACUUGUCACAUAAACCUCCUCCCACACCUGCGACAGUUCCACAGACACCAACCAUAACCGUUACUUCAACAGAAUCUGCACCCAAAAAACUGGAUAUCUCUGCAAAACUGGCAGAGCUCACUCGCAGACCCUCCAUAAGCUCGUCAAAACCGCCAAUCAUCACGGCCAAGCCAUUUGUGAGUUCGCUGAAGUCCGCCGAGACCUUGCAAUCUCGUAAAGAAGAGAAUGUCUCAGAGGGUCAAAAGAAAGACACGCUCAAGUCUAUAAAACCUCUUCCUUCACCAAAACUCUUCAAGAAGGACUCAUUCCAGUAUAAAGACCCGAAUCCUCGUCGCAUCUCCUCUGGGGAAGAGAUUCUGAUGAAAGACGCAACAGAUGCUGAAAAGAGUGAAAUGAAAAAGAGCCGCUCCCAUAGUUCUUCAACUCUGCCCCACGAAGACUCUAAAGAAGGACUUCGAAAAGUAAUGGGGUCUAACACAUCCAUCAACACGGUCGGUGAGGGCAAGAGUGAAGGUAAGCCUCUUGACUUUCUGAAGAAGCAGACGCAGAGGUUAAAAGGAUUUCUAGGACCCAAAGACAAAGAAAAGAAGUCCUCAGGAGACAACAGGAGCACAAACACAGUCACAGAGGUAAACGAGGAUCUCGGCAAAACGAAGACCUCGUCAGAUAAAAUCACAGGGUCCGCUGUUGCGGAGCACUCGUCCACAAAUCAUAAAACAUCGACUGAAACGUCGGUCUUGUCAAGGUACCAGUCACCUGGAAGCUCACUUUUGUACGGCAGUAACUUGCGAGACGACACAAAAGUCAUUUUGGGGCAAAUCUCUGCCAACAGCCAGAAGAACCGUCAGGAGCGAGAAGAAAUGGGGGCUGGCCUGGAUGGAACAGCCUCGGAGAAGGGGAUUGAAACACAGAGCCUCGCAAAAAAGAAUCGAUUUCUGCGUCCGCAGAGCAACAGCAACGAGCGAGAGGGAUUGCUGAAGAGGAUAGAGAGCUUCAGGAAGGAGAAGAAAGUCUACAGCCGCUUUGAGAUGGGAAAUAGCCUGGCAUAACCAAAAAUGGAGCAGCAACCUUUAACAUGGAAACUAUGCAGGAUGAUCAAAAAAACCCACACUGCCCGUAUGUGCCAACACCUACUCAUCCAAGAGCCUCUGGAGCCCCACACUGUGGCCUUCUCUGGACGUUCUGCAAGAAGUAAUAAAAGCUAAAAGGAACUUUUUAUAGAAAACAUGGAAAACAAAUGAAAGUCGUCGACUUGGAAAUGUGCCUUUUUUGCCAAGACUUGAUCCUACUUUUUACCUUGUAUGGUGACUGAGAGGGGAAAACGAUUCUGGUGGUACUCCAGUCGCAGGGGCUAAUGUUCCAGCAGUGAGAGAAAGCUGGGGCAUAUUCACUUUACUGCAACGGAGGCUUGGAGGAGACGGGAGGAAAAAGUUGCUGCAGACUUGCACCCGAGAGAAUUAAAAACAAACGCAUGUCGGUGGAAACUGGCAUGUAUUCCACCUCAAAUGUAUAGAUCCAACGUAGUGUGUAUCUGACACUGUGUGCCUUUUGAUCUGAAACCAAAAAUGUUCUGCCUGUUUUAUUGUGCCAAGGGUUCAUGGAGAGUAUUACAGAACGAAAAGAAGAGUGUACACUGAAUAGAAGAGCAAGCUACAGAGUAAAUAAAAGGUUAAACAUUAAUAAGAGCUCAUCAAACAUGUGGUUAUGCUUGCACCAGCACAAUAGAAUUUUGAUUUAAAAAAAAUAUAAAACAUUGCUGAACUUUAGCCUCUCAAGAGUACCUUUUAAUCAAGGCGUGGAGCCACAUCUCAGGGCUGAAGAUAACUCGUUCAAGGAGAGGACUGAAAGAUAUUCCUGUGAUCAGGAAUUAAGUAAAUACAGAUGAAUCAUGUAAAAAAAACAAAAGAAGUUUUCUUUUUUUAAAGGUGUAAAUAAAAUGUAAACUAUCUACAGAUGCUCGGGGUAUUUGUAAAAAUAGAUCCAGGUUUAAAUUGAUCCACAACGUGUUGCAUAACUUGUGAGGCCUACGCCCUAGGCAGAACGCCUUUGUUGGUGGCGACAGACUAUUAUGCCUAAGACUUAGUCAUAUGCUUGAAUACUUACUGUUGCAAAAAACAAACAAAAAAAAUAAUUUUUUCCCAUAGAGCUAUGAAGAACACUAAAAGUUUACAUAGAAAGGUGGUUGAUAGUUUUCUUCCCAAAUAAAAACCUCCUGUAUUCCUCAUAAAGAGUAUAUUUAUGGAGACAAAGUGCUGCAUACUGUACACGAAGAACACAUUAAGAUGAGAUUGAGUGAUUAGGAAACACUGUAAAGGGCUUGCUCAUGUUUUCCUUCACUUGAUAAGAUCAUGACCAAGCAUGAUGUGUUACUUCUGUAAAAUUGGGCUGUUGGGGAUAAAUCAGUUGCACAAGA